AUGAAGUCGCGGCGCGUAGCACGCAAUACCUCCCAGCCGCCGAGCAGGAACCGUGGCGGCGGCGGCGGAGGCGGCCCACGACACCGCUCAGCGUCGCCGGGGCCUGUUGUUGCGGGAAAGACGCAGUUUAGGAGUGGGCAGCCGAUACCGGUGCGGCAGGUGCGGCAGCAGGGGGGAGAGGAGGAGGAGGAGGAGGGGGAGGGGGAGGAGGCGCACGGGAGGCGGGGGCGCAAUAGUCAGCAGCAGCGGCGGGGGGAAGAGGAGAAGGAUAUGGAGGAGUUGGUGAUGGUGCGUAGGAGUGCUAGGUAUGCUAAGCAGCAGCAUCAGCAGCAUCAGCAGCAAGUGCAACAGCAGCAGCAGCAGCAGCGCGGAAGACUGUCCCUCUCGCUUGUCCCCCAAUGCAGCGGGUCCGACACUGAGGCGGAGAAGCAAGAGCAAGAGCCCGAUUCACCACCACCAAACCCAUCAAGAUAUGAGCCACCCCCCAACCUCCUCCCUCGCGACGAUACCGUCUCAUCCAUCUCCGUCUCAGAGUUUUUCUCAACACCAGAACCAGAUCUAUCCAAUACGCAGAUAGAGAUUGAGGAACUCGAUGUGGGCCUCAUGCUUGAGAUGUUCCCGCACUUGGACGCGCACAGCAAGAAGAUAUUGGACCUGCUCAUCCUGAAACCCCCUUCAAGAGACCUGAGACGGCUUCUCCUCGUUCCGGGCUCAAGCGCAUCCAAGCGUCUCCGGACAUACGAGCAGAACUUUGCUGCAUCCAAGAUGGCCUACGGAACUUCUGACUACAUCUCUGUACGCCAAGUCGAGAGUGCUUUGGGCGGCGACGAGAGUUUCCGCCCGCUCCUCCAUGCCUCUAAUCUCUCCAUUUUGGCGGACGUUGCAUACACCAGCCAGGGGUCUGGCGAGAGCGCUUUCGAGAAGCUGAAGCAGAUCGAGAGGGAUUUCCCGGUGCAGUUUGGCGAUGUUGUCCGUAACGUCAACUUCCAGGCUGCCUUGGACCUCAGGACACAGUACUUGGUUUUGGCGCUAGUGAACAACCAGGAUAUGGAUGGCUUCAACCCUGAUAUGUGGCUGAAGCUCAUAUUUUUCGAUGGUGACACGGCCGUCAAGCGCUGGACAGAGAUGGAGGAUGUCGACAACUGGGAAACACGAGUUCUUGAAAGGGCGAUGAAGAUUAGAUCCGCCUUUGCCCAGAAACCGUAUGAUGACGACCCACUAGACGUUGCUAUGCUGAUGGACCUGUUCCCGUGGGACGACUUUGUCAAGAGGAUCUCGAGCUACAUCAAGAUCCGCUUUUCCGAGCUUGAAAAGUCACGCGCCGGCAGGAGCGUCGAGGACUUGGUUGAGAACGCAAGGAACCCGCAGUUCGGGGAUGAUAGGGAAAGAGAUUUUCUAGAUGAUCGUGAGAUCCCAGAGACAUUACCAGAUGGUACACCCGUAAAACCCCGCUCAGCGCGUGUUUCGCAGAAGCUGCCCGAAGCUGAGCCCGAAGCAGUUGCUUCGACUGCGCCUGCAGUGGCCGCUGAUUUUGAGAGCUUUGAAUCGUAUAAGCUCAGGAAAGAGCAGCAAGGCCGCGGAAGGCUGGAGUCGACAUCGGUCGCUAUCAACGCAGCACAGAUGAGGGACCUGAAGAGACGUAAGACAAUGCCCGCCCCGGAAACAGUGCCGUUUGUCAGAGGCACGCCGAGAGUGGCGACCUCGCUGGGCUCCAAGGAUGCGGAGGUGAUGACCAUGGAACAAAUGAAAUUCUUAAAGUGCCUGAAAAACGCACCAGAGAAAACUGCUGGAGAAGCGGGGCCUUCCAAGCAGCCGGAAGCCGCCGGGGAGGUUGCGGCCUCUAAACAGGCAGAAGCACCCAAGCAAGCGGCGAUUAAAGAGGUAGAAGCUUCCCAACCGGUGGAAUCCGCUGAACCAAUGGAAAAUGCUCAGCCGCUGGAUGAUGAAGGCGAUGUAAGCAAUCCUGUACGGUGGAUGACCGCUAUCAAGAAGGGAAAGGAAAUGAAGAAUAAGGAAAAUGAUAAGUCAGUGGCCUCGACUCUUCCUCCUCCACAGCAAUCUCGUCUCAUGAAGCGAAAGCGGUUCAUCGACCCCCAAGAAGGCGCAACCCGCGUCUCCCAGAUCGACGACGGCAGCCACGGAGCGCCCGCGAAGCGACAGCAGCUCCAAAAGGGCAAAGAAAGAGAGGUCAUUCCCGAAGAGGUGGAAGAAAGCAGGCCCGCAUUUGAAACCGAGGACCAGGAGGAACAGGAUGAGGAUGCAGACAUGUACCAGGUGGACUCGAGGAAAGAGGACGAAGAGAGGACGAAGAGGAGCAGGAAGGGGCUGCCAGACAUCGGUCCUUCGAGCGCUGCCGCUGAUAAAGCGCCCGCUGCCUCCGCCGCUCCAAGAACAUCAACCUCCUCCGCAAAGGCCGCAGAGCUGCAGAACGGUGCCAAGCCGCGUAAGAUCGCGCCAAUGAAGGGUUCCAGGAAUUCCAAGGGCUCAAGAGCUUCCGGGGGCACGGAGGCAUCCAGGAAAUUGUCGGGUGCAGGUGAGAAGUCGGAUGUGGACGAGCAUAACAGCGAGGACGAGGAGUAUGAUGACGAGGAGGAAGCGGAGGAUGAAGUGGAAGAGAUCGACGAUGAAGAUGAGUCCGUCAACAACGAGGAGAGGCGUGCGGCGCUCAACCAGAGGGUUGAGAGAAUAAUCAAGAAGGAUCUUGCGAGGCAAUCGAAGCCAGCGCGCCUGAUUAGGAAAAGACAGCCUUGGGGACGGAAACAGACGGCACUCUUGAUUCGGAUAAUUGGGGAAAGGGGUUGUAAAUGGGCGGAGAUCAGAGAUAUGAACGUUGCUGAAUUCAGCGGCCGGUCGAAUGUCCAGCUUAAAGAUAAGGCGAGAAAUAUUAAAUACGACUACCUCAAAGCAAGACAGCAACUGCCUCCCAACUUUGAAGACGUCACCAUCAGCAGGACCCAGGUGCAGACACUGCAGCACAUGGGCAUCAAUUGCGACGACUACAUCUGA